CUGGCCCAAGAGAUGGUCCAUUCCAUCGAUAUUUUACUUUAGAAACAGAAAGGAGUUUUCUGUCAGCUACAAGGGCAAAAUAAUACAGAAACCGGGAAAAAAACAAGUUUCUUUGGAACGAACCUCUCCUCGAAAUCUUUCGCGGGCAAUCCCGAAUAAAAAAUAAAAAAUUCGUAUUUUGCAACAAAAAAAUCGAAAACCAACCUACUUGAUAAGCCGAAGAAACAAAGAAGUUUAGAAAACUGUCGCUGGAGUCUUGCGUAUCAGGACAGAAAUUCUGGUCUCACUUAUGAAGAAUUAUCCCUUAGAAAAAUGAAUAAAAUUAUAAUACACCUCAGAGACUUGAAAUUGCAGUCACAAAAUAACUCUGCAGUAAAUACCUGUAAUAUUUCAUUUCUUGAUUCUGUUGAUUGUCCAGAAUUGCUAAUAAAAGCGCAGGCGGACCUAUUGGCAAUUAGCGAAAGGCUGAGAAGCAAAAAAUUAAAAAAUAGAAUGGCACAGGCAUUCGGAUCUAUUGGUGUAAAUAGCUUAAACAAUGUUCUGGACAAUAUCUGCUACAGGCUUCUCUCAAAUAACGUAGCUCUUUACAAUAGCUGGUCAGGAAGGAAGAAGCCAAAAUCUUCUCUUGAAGACACUAAUUUCACAACCUUAAUUAAAAACAGUGUUCGGGUAUCGCAUCCAAAUGCUACGGAUCAAGAGAUCAGGACUUUGGGAUCAAGAUGGUUUUCUCAAGCCAACAACAGAUUGGUCAGGGGGAAGCGAGAGAACUAUUUUCAUGGAUCUCAUAAAGCCGAAAUAAACUUUAUCACGGAUAAUAAAUUCUGAGAUGUUGGACAACAAUAGGAUCAAAAUCAACUUCCCGGAUUGAGUUCAACCCAAGAGGACCUGCAUUUCUCGUUUUUCUUCUGAAAUCAUUUCAGUGACGCCACACGAUUGGCUGGUUUGAGACAAAAAGGAAAUAAAUCGUUGAAUGAACUUCAUUUCUAUUUUUUUAUUUUUAUGUUAUUAUCUAUAUUUUUCUCAAAGUAACUCCAAGCCGAUGCUUUUGUAAAUUCAGCUCUAUAAUUUACCACACGAAAGAAGCAUCUAAACGUUAAAUAUCGUUGGACAUCUGGGAUAGAUUAAAAUUUAUGAAAAAAUGUGCAAAAUUUCAGUUUUUCUCAGUCUUUAAAACAAUUCUUCACUUCAGAGCAGGCUACUUUGAACUGGUCUCAACCAAACUUAAAGGGAAUUUCAUUCACCGUGAAACAACGAAUUUCUUAUCUAAAAUGUUUAGGAGAUAUAUAUAUUGCAAUUUAUAUUUUUUCUAAAAAGAAAAACAAGUUUUGUUUCAGUUUUUGUGAAAUAGUAUAUUUCCCGUUUAUUGUAGAUGAGAAUGUUCAG